UUGAAAUGUAUGGAUGAGAUACUGACUCAUAUUCUUAUCAGUUGUAACCAGAGCAUAUCAUGUGCACACCUCAUUCUGAACUUCCUUAUAAAUGUGUGUGUAUAUAAAGAUUUUGCAUCACAAUUAAUUCAUAAAAGUGAUACUUGUCUACUUUGUACUGUGGCUAAUUUGUUACUUCAAAGAAUAUCUCCAUCUCCUUUGGAAUAUCCAGCUCUUAUGGUUAUGAUAGAAGAUUUUGUAUCUACUGUUUUUUGUAUACACAAUACCACAGAUGUGAAACUGGAAUCAUCUCCAUGUUCAUCAGAGGUUCUGCGUAGCUUUGUAACAGCUUUGUGGAAAUUUUGUGAAGUAAUGAAAGAAAAUGAUACUAAUUUUAAGCAUAUUCUGAAAAAAGGAUUCCACUUGCUUCAUAUAAUGUCAAAUGUCUUUCAAAAUUUUAAAGAAAAGAGGACUUCAUGUGAAGAUUAUUAUAUAUUAUUUAUUAGCAAGGUGCUUACAUUAAGCAAAGAAGAUCCAGAAUUCAAGGAAUUCCAUGAUUUAAUUCAUGAUUUAUGGGAUUUUCAAGAAGAUAUGAGUGAAUUUGAUUCAGAAGAUCAAGUUGAAGAUAUAUCUGACACUACUGCGACUGUUGGCUUAGUUGAAUAACUAUUUAUUUGGUUUUUGUGAAACUGGCAUUUAAAAUGUUUGUCCAAGCUUUGAAUUUUUUGUUUAAUGCUGAUUAUUGAAUAUUUAUAUUUUUAUCAAUAAAUAUUUGAUUAAUAUACAUUUUA